CACAGUUCCACGCCGUAAGCCGCGCAACUUAGAUAAUACAGUGUGACACAAAAUAACAGACCAUGGGCUGACGGGACUUCAUGGGCAAGCAUCAUGGAUGGGCCCAUGCUAGCGGGUCGUCUCGCAUUCAGUCCAUCCCUGGUGAGCUGCUCUAGCCUCUAUCGACAGUCGGGUCUCGGGCGAGAAUGCGAUCGACUGAGAUGCCUUCAUCCUAUGGCUUCGGCCUUCGUUCGAGCUCGUGGUGAGAAAGUCUAUGUCCAUUCAGCAGCGAGUUCAGCCAGUGUCGACCGAAGAUCAAAUGGCUUCCGACGUCAAAGUAUCGAGAGACGGACAGAAGGGGGACGACUCGGCGUCCCUCGUCUACAACAUCAUCGAUGGACAACCAGUCGUCUUGCCGUCGUCUGCUAAUUUUCCGGUCGUUUCCGCACGCACCGAUGAAGUGGUCCAUUACGGCCAGACUGUCACCGCGGCACUGGCAGCCCGCGCGGUCGACGUUGCCGCCACCACGUUCCGAAGCUACAGGGGGACGCCGGUGCACGAGCGGCGUAGGAUGCUGCUGUGCGCCGCCGAGUUGUUCGAGCAAAAGGCCGAUGCGAUGGGCGUGAUCCAGAUGCAGGAGACUAGCUGCGACGAGGCCUGGGCGCGGUUCACAGCCAUGCAAACGUCGACCUUCUGCCGCGAGGUAGCCGGCGCCGUGUCGGCCGCUGUUGUAGGCGACAUCCAACCGUCAUACUUUGGGUACACCCACCUGGUGUUCAAGGAGCCCGUGGGCCCCAUACUGCUAAUACCGCCCUGGAACGCGGCCGUGGUACUCUGCGUUCGGGGCAUCGCCAACGCCCUCGCCGCCGGGUGCACCGUCGUGCUGAAAGCAUCCGAGUUGUGUCCCGCUACGCACCAGCUCGUGGCCCGCACUUUCCACGAGGCCGGAUUUCCCCCGGGCGCCGUCAACGUCAUCAUGGCCGACCGCCCCGCUGCCGCAGUGGUCACCGAGACGGUCAUCGCCCACCCAGCGUUGCGCAAGGUCGAGUUCAUUGGUAGCUCGGCUGUGGGCAAGAUGAUCGGCAUGCUGGCGGCUCGGUAUCUCAAGCCCGUCUUCAUGGAGCUCGGUGAUCAGAGCCCUGCGAUUGUGCUUGACGAUGCCGACCUGGAACAGGCGGCCAGAUUGGUGGCGCAUGGAGCCACUUUCCAUCAUGGCCAGGUCUGCUUCUCCACGGAGCGCAUCAUCGUGCAGAAGGCUGUCCGUCAAGAGUUCUGCAGUCUCCUCGCCGCGGCCAUCGACCGCCUCGCUCCGAAAUGGAUGGCUGUCACCAAGGGCCACGCCGAGAGGGCCAAGGCUGUCGUGGACGAUGCCGUGACCCGGGGAGCCCACUUCGUCUAUGGCAGUUCCGAGCUCGGCGGCCCGGCCAUGCUUGCGCCGUCUAUACUGGUAGACGUCGACCCCAGUUCGCUCAUGUCGAAUGGCGAAGCUUUCGCCCCUACGGCAUUCCUGGUUGAGGUGGACACGGAAGAGGAAGCCGUCGAGGAGGCUAACUCGCGGGUCGGCGGUCUCUCAGCUGCCGUCUUCACGCGUAGCCAAGAGCGUGGAUUACGCCUUGCCCGGGAGCUUGAAUUCGGAAUGGUGCAGGUCAACAACUCGACCAUAUUUGCCGAACCAAGCGGGGCGGCGACCAACUUCAAGGGCAGUGGCUGGGGGAGCAACAACGGCAAGUACGGCAUCGAGAACUUUCUGUACUGCAAAUCCGUCUCUCUCGUGCCUUGUGAGAACAAGAAGCCAACCAACUCGUAAAUCCCUCUUCCCGGGAAUGGCAUCAGUUGCUUGGCAAUGUGAGCUUCCAUAUUGAUUCUUGCAAAAACGCCCUGCGUGGCUCUCGGGUUAGCUGCCUUUGAGCAUUCAUAGUUUCCCAUAUAUAGGUACCAGGUAUAUAUGCAUUUCUGCACCUCGCUUGAC